UAAAAUACCUAUCCUGGGGUUGUAAGAUCUGGCAUGCAUUCGCAAAGUCUGAUUAGGGGAACACGACUGUAUGAGGCGCAUUCCUCUUGCCUAGGUUUUGCUGACGCUUUCCAGAUAUUACAACAACGCCUGGAUAUGUAUUUUACGUAAUUCCGGAAGCAAUUCUCAGGUCUGUGUAGCAGUGGGGACUUAUUUAGUAGUUACACCAUGGAGUCCUGCUGUGAAAACGUGAAAGCUGUCAGGAGAAGUAAAGAAGAGAAGAAACUUCUCCGAAAGCAAAUCAAAGCCAGUCAUACUUUACUGAAACAUGAGGGUAUAAGCACAGUAUCACAGCCCACCAAGAGCCUGGUGGUGGCUAAUGGUGGGCUAGGUAACGGUGUGAGCCGUGAGCAGCUCCAGGACGUGCUGGGAGAGGUCGGCGAGGUAGAAAUCCUGCUUAUGCCUCCACACAAACCCUACGCCCUAGUGACCUACAGGUCAGAGGUCAGCGCCCAGAGAGGACACGCCCUCAACGGACGACAGCUGCAGCGUGGGGACCAGAUUGUCACACUGUACCUGAGCUAUGUCAACACAGUGGACAGUGAGUUGUGGGGUUGUGUGGACCUCCCCCCAGGGUUGGUGCUGGUUGAGGAGUUUGUGUCUCCAGAGGAAGAGGCUCUCCUGCUGGAUGCUAUUGACUGGACGUCCCACGAUGAGGAUGUCACUGUGCAGAAAGUCCUGAAGCACAGGAGAGUGAAGCAUUUUGGUUACGAGUUUCACUAUGACAACAACAACGUGGACAAAGACAAACCGUUACCUGGAGGUCUUCCCCAGGUGUGUGUCCCUGUGCUGGAGAGGUGUGUGAGGGACAGACACACAGAAGUCAUGCCAGACCAGCUGACUGUGAACCAGUAUCAGUCUGGACAAGGUAUUCCUCCUCAUGUGGACACUCACUCUGCCUUUGAAGACCUCAUCCUCUCCCUAAGCCUGGGGGCUAAGACGGUGAUGGAUUUUCGUCAUCCUGAAGGCCGCUCGGUUGCCGUAGUGUUGCCACGGCGCAGUCUCCUGGUGAUGAAGGGAGAGAGCAGAUACCUAUGGACACACGGAAUAACCCCCAGGAAGUUUGAUGUGGUGCCAGCCUGUGACCCAAAAUCCCCUGCUGCAGUGACCUCUGACCUCAGUAACCAUAGUAACCUCACCCUAAGUAGGAGGGGCACCAGGACCUCUCUCACCUUCCGUAAGGUGCGCCGCACACCAUGUGACUGUGGUUACCCCUCGGCCUGUGACAGCCAGCAGCCUCCUGCCCCUCCCUCUCCCCCCUUCCUCCCUCGCAGCCAGACUGACGCCUGCCGUCUGGAGGCGGAGUUUGUGCACCGCGUGUACGAGGAGAUCGCUUGUCACUUCAGCAGCACUCGACACUCUCCCUGGCCACGCGUGUGUCACUUCCUGUCUUCCCUAGAACCAGGAAGCAUUCUCGCUGAUGUGGGCUGUGGGAAUGGAAAGUACCUGGGCGUCAACCCGGAUGUGAUUGCGGUGGGCUGUGACCGUAGCAGUGCUCUGGUCCAGAUCUGCUCUGAAAGAGGCUUCCAGGCCUUUGUGUCAGAUGCCCUCAAUGUACCUCUACGCAGUGACACCUGUGAUGCCUGCAUCUCUAUAGCGGUCAUACACCACCUCUCCACACAGGUCAUACACCACCUCUCCACACAGGUCAUACACCACCUCUCCACACAGGUCAUACACCACCUCUCCACACAGGUCAUACACCACCUCUCCACACAGGUCAUACACCACCUCUCCACACAGGUCACACACCACCUCUCCACACAGGUCACACACCACCUCUCCACACAGGUCAUACACCACCUCUCCACACAGGUCACACACCACCUCUCCACACAGGUCACACACCACCUCUCCACACAGGUCAUACACCACCUCUCCACACAGAAGCGGAGGCAGGCUGUGGUUGAGGAACUUGUUCGACUGCUGAGGCCUGGAGGACGGGCGCUGAUCUAUGUGUGGGCUGUGGAACAAGAAUAUAACAAGCAGAAGUCCAAAUAUCUCAAAGAGACCAGACAACAGGGUCCUACAGGCGACUCCACGGACCACAACAACCAGGAGUCAAAGAGUCUUACAGGCAAUACCAUAGACACCCACAACACAGCACAGGACUUUUCAGGCAAUACCACAGACGCCCACAACACAGCACAGGAUCUUUCAGGCAAUACCACAGACGCCCACAACACAGCACAGGACUUUUCAGGCAAUACCACAGACGCCCACAACACAGCACAGGAUUUUUCAGGCAAUACCACAGACGCCCACAACACAGCACAGGACUUUUCAGGCAAUACCACAGACGCCCACAACACAGCACAGGAUUUUUCAGGCAAUACCACAGACGCCCACAACACAGCACAGGAUCUUUCAGGCAUAGCCACAGAUUGCACCAAGGUCCACCGUGAGACAGAGAGUCCAGCAAAACUGAGCAUUCACACCAACCGCACUGCCUUCAACUCCCAGGACCUCCUGGUGCCCUGGCACCUCAAGGGUGGAGUGAGAGGAGGGUGUAACCAGGGGAGGGGAGGGGAUGAAGCCCAGGCCCCCGCUCCCAGCCCAGUGUUUCACCGCUACUACCAUGUGUUCCAGAAGGGGGAGCUAGAGGAGCUGUGUGUCAGGGUUAGAGGGGUGGCCAUACAGAGAAGCUACCACGACCAGGGGAACUGGUGUGUCAUACUGAAGAAGACUGGAGACAGAUAAACAACACUUCCACAUUUAGAAUCGCAGCUGGAGUAUCAGUAUUCAGGACUACGCGCUAUAAGGGAGUCUGGCUCUCUAGACCACACCUGAGAUGGACACACUCACACACACACAAAUGUUAAGGAGAUAAGGUCCAGCAGAGGAGUUAAAUAGCUGAGUGGAUCACUGGGUAAUGGGCUCUUGUUUGUGGCAGUGGCGGUAUCUCAAAGCAGCCGUGUGAUAAUUCAGAAAUGGCUCCCGGUAAAUUAUCUCCGUAAAUUAUCUCCGCUGUCUUGAGUCCCCCGGGACAGAACUGCCAGUUAUGUAGUUAAAAGGAGGAGGCUGGAGUCUACUGUGCCUGGUGUUUUAUCUGGCUAUCGAUUGUUGUCCUGCUGUUGUCUGGCUGCAGAUAGACACUUGACAUUUUCAGAAAAUUAAAGGUGGCUAGAUGUC